CUCGGGCAUGAUGGAGGAUGAGGAAGGAUAUACGGCAUUGAACCUGCGGCCCAAGCGGGGUGGCUCGGGUGGCCCGUCCCCAGCCGGGAACAAAGGUUCCCGUCAGUGUCCUGGCUGGCUUCAGGUCACUCUAGGGGCUGGGAAUCUCAUCCAGGCAGUGGCUGUGCUAUUGCUGGCAGUGUGUGUUUCCCACUUGGUGUCUGAGAAGGGACCGACCCCGGCAGCCCCUGGGAGCGACGGAGCCGGGAGCAGAGAUACAGCGACAGCCCCUGGGAGCGCAGACACCUGCACGGCAGAAUGCAGCACCUGCCUGGAGCGUUUCCGAUCCCAGUUGUGUCACCCGGCCCCGCCCGGCCCAGCAGGGGGCCCCGGGUGCAAACUCUGCCCCACAGAUUGGCAGCUGCGCGGGGACAAGUGCUACUGGUUCUCCAGAGGACGUAACACGUGGAACGCGAGCCGUGUCGACUGCUCAGCGAGGGGCUCCCAGCUGCUGGUGAUCCGGGACCGGGAGGAGCUGGAGUUCAUAAAGGACCUGACACAAGGUUCAAAUCAGUUCUGGGUCGGACUGUCCAUCUCUUCCCCGGAGAAGGCCUGGAUCUGGGUGGACGGCUCCUGGCUGGAUCAGACUCUGUUCCCAGUGUCAGGCCGGGGUGAGUGGAACCACUGUGGGGAGCUGUGGGGGAAUCGGAUUUCUUCUGAAUCCUGCAGAUCUGUACGUCAGUGGAUUUGCCAGAGAGAUGCCGUCCCGCUCUGAGUGGGGCAUCCUUGGCCCGUUAACAAUGGCAAGGAGCCUUUUAUCAAUAAAAGCAUCA